AUGGGUAUUGAACAAGAUGGAAGAGAAGUGAUAUUUAGAGAUAUUAGGAGAUAUUAUUGUGAAUACUGUGGGAUUUGUCGCUCUAAAAAAUCCCUCAUCUCUUCUCAUAUCCUCCUUCAACAUAAGGAGGAAAUAAAGGAAAAAGAGCAAAAGGUAGAAAUAAAGGAAGGGAAAAAAUUGAAUGCUUGUGAAGAGUGUGGUGUGUGUUUCAAGAAGCCGGCUCAUCUAAAGCAACAUACGCAAAGCCAUUCCCUCGAGAUUGAAGUGUUCUGGAAAAAAUUGUUAUUGAUGGGCGUGAAGCAUUGGAUCCCACAGAAAAGAACUCCAAAAUGCAAGAGGCAGCAGCAUUACCUUGAAUGGAUCAGUACCAGGUGGGUGACCACCUGUGAAGCUCCAUCGAGUGAGCCUCAAUCACGCUUGUACUGA